AGCAAAUAUCUCAAGGAAUCGUGCCAAGCAUGGAAUAGCAUAACACGGUCCCUCUACAAUACCCGCCUGUCGGUUCUGCAGCAUGGCCAGAAGGCUCACUACUCCUACAUCACUGCCAUUCGCAUUGCCAUGGCACAGCAUCAGUGUUGCUCGGCUCCGCGCAAGUCGAUUCACCGGCUAGGUGCUAGCAGCAGCAAUCAUGUCGACAACAAGUCUCGAAUGACCAUUUACACGGCCGAAAUCCCAAACUCCUUCCUCGACAAGCUCGCACAUCCUUGCCGCCGUCCACCCCUCUCUGCUGCAUUCCAGGUCCAAGCCAGGAAAGUCGAAUACGAACCAUACACAACAUUCCAACAGCGUAUUUCCCAAGCUUUGAUGCCUUGCGGUACAAAACGAGCGCGCGACCCGAACUCCCAUAAUGACCAUCACGGACACCAUGCCCAGAAGCGACGACGCGCCGAUAAUGGAUGA